AUGUCUCUGUCUGCUGUGGAGAAGCACAACACGACCCUUAGCACCAUUCGGGAGCGUCUGAAAAACGUUUUUCCAGACGCCAAACUUAUCAAAGUUAUCGACAAUACGCCCCCGCAAAGUGUUGGUAAGGGAGCUCAUGUCACUUUACAGAUCAGCUCUCCCGACUUCAAAGGCCUGACUCUUAUUCGACGCCAUAGACUGGUUAGUGCGGUAGUUGAUGAUCUCGUUGAGUCUAAUAGAAUUCAUGCGAUAUCUUACCUGCUUGAGGAUAAAUGA